AUGGACUUCCCGGGCACGGUUCAUGGCCUUUGGCGGCUGGCGGCUGGCGAUGGUCUAGAGUACUCGGUCGCCCACCCGCUGCAUACGUACUUGGAGAGCAACGUGUCCCUGGUGGUCACCUACUCGGGGACCGCCGACAUGCGGGCCUCCUCCGGCAGCGCCGCGGAGGCCGCGGUUCGCGGGGAGCGCUGGAUGCCGCCAGAGAUGGACGCGAGCCUGACGCGGCCCAAGCUGGACGCCACGGUCAUCCUGAGCCCCAAAGCCGACACGCAAGUCUUGGACGCGGACAAGCCCAAGCGCACUCCGCUGCUUGCGCUCGCGUCGCUGAAUGCGGACACGGCGCCGAGCACGGAGGUGUGCUGGUCCCAGCUGCUGGCCCUCAGCCUGGCCGAGUUGGGGCGGCUGCGCGUGCUGAUGGCGGCGGCCGUGCGGCCGUUGUCGUAA